AGCACUGUGUAUAGAGAGGUCGUCGGCUUCGCCAAGCUCUCGUUAGUUCGGUGAAAAAAGUAAAGACAAAAAAAAUCCAGCUACCCAACAUGGUGAAACUCACUUUCAAUUCCGCUCUCGGACAAAAGGAUUUAAAAAAGGAGGAGAAGGAUGAAGCUUUGAUCCCUCAUGAUCUGGAUGUGGAGGACGUGCUGCGUGUCAGACAGCAGUCCAGGGCUUGGUGCUGGUGCAUGUGUUUGGGUUUGGCCUUGAUUCUGUCUGGUGUGGUUGUGGGAGGAGCUUACCUGUACAGGUAUUACUUCAUUGAGGAGGAGAGGAUGUAUUUCUGCGGGGUAAACUACCGUGAGGAAAAUUACAAGAUGCAGGACAGCCAGGAGGACACAGACAUGGAUCUGCCAGCCGCAUACAAGAGGAUCGAGGAGAAAGUCAGAGUUCUGGAGGACGAGGGAGUCGAGCUCAUUAAUAUCCCCGUGCCCAAAUUCAGCGACAGCGACCCUGCUGACAUCGUCCAUGACUUCAACAGGAGACUGACAGCCUAUCUGGAUCUGCGCCUGAACAAAUGCUACGUCAUCCCUCUCAACACCUCCGUCGUGAUGCCUCCCAAAGACUUUCUGGAGCUUCUGGUCAACAUCAAGGCUGGAACAUACCUGCCGCAGUCCUACCUGGUUCGUGAGCAGAUGAUGGUGACUGGGAAAGUGGAGCAUGUGGAUCAGCUGGGUUACUUCAUCUACGGCCUGUGCAGAGGGAGAGACACUUACAAACUGGAGCGCAGAGAGACCGUUUUGGGCAUCCAGAAGAGAGAGGCUCUGAACUGCCACAAGAUCCUCCACUUUGAGAACAAGUUUGUGGUGGAGACUCUGAUCUGUGAGCAGUAGAGCAGUGGACAGCGCCGGCUUAACCACUGACAAAUUCCACUCUGACCCUUCCUGUCCUUCUAUUAAACCUCUUCCUGUUUCCCCCGUUUGUGUGUGUGUGUGAGAGUGUAUGUGUGUGCGUGAGCUCUGAGUUUCUCUGUAUAGCAACAAUCAAAACGACAGAGAGAGAGAGAGAGAAUGUGACUGAACGCCAAGAGCAAUAUUCUGUGUAGAGAUAUCUGUGUAGGCAAACAUUUGGACCAGUUUCUCUCUCUUAGUAAAUGUUUUUUUUCGUGUGUGUGUGUCUGGGUUUCUGUUUAGCGGGGAGUUUAAAGUCUCCAACAGGGUGUGUGGUAUAUCGAGCGUAAAUAGCAUAUGAGAGGAAAGGACGAAAAAAAAGAGCAAUGAAAUCUAUAAAAGAUGCACUAAAUGUUUAGUGUGCGUUUAAAAACUGUGAACCGUCACAGAUACCAGAUUAUAUACUGGGGAAAUAUAUUUGACUAGAGAUUUGUGAUAUACGGCCAAUGUAAGAAUAAACAUAGAAUGGAUUUUUGUACUAGUCACACUUUAAGCCUAGCUUGUUGUUUCAAAUGCCAGAUUUCGCUCUGCUGUAAGUUAAUACACUGCUACAUCACGUCCUAUAGUAGAGAAAUAAGCGAUCUAGAGGACGCAAAACUUCUGUUUGGCUUCUUUUUUUUUUUUUUGAUUUUUUUUUUUUAAUCUUAGCACAAUAUCCAGAAGAAGUAAAGCAUACGUCAAAAUACAGACUAAUCAAAUGUGUAACUUUUAUGUCAUUUAGGGACUGCCGAGGCAUUGGGUGUAAACUGAUGGACGAAUUCUGUAAAGGUUGUUGAAAUUUACUAAAAAAAAUACCAGUUCAACAUGAGGUGGAAUGAUUUAUACUUUGCACAUAACCCAAAAGGUUUUAAUGUUAAACAUAUUACUACUAAUAAAAAAAUUGACCACUCA